AUGCCAGUAGAAGCUCUCACUUUAAAUGGUCGGGCUCACCGUGCCCGCCGCGCCUGCCAAUUUUGCCAGAGGCGCAAACUAAAAUGCACGAAAGAUUCACCAGAGUGCUCGGCUUGCAAGCAUUAUCGACAGCUUUGUAUUUACAACAACAACGCGCAAAACGCCGUUAAGCAACAUGAAACUCCCGAUUCCUCUCAAACACACAGCAGGACUCUUCCACAACAAUAUCCCAACGACAGGCGUGCCAUCGCAAACCGAUUUUUGGAUCAAGACCUGUACAGACUGACCCGAUCAGGAUUGCCGCCAAGUUCGGGUUCCUCUGUAAACCUGGUCUGUCAAGCGCCUGUUGAAGGCGGUCGAACGGCAUUGCAGGAAACAGCCACCCGGUAUUUCCAGAUUGUACAUCCAUGGUUACCAAUCAUAUCAAAGCAAAGGGUUUUCUAUCAACUACUGAAUCCUUUAGUGUCUCUUCGAGCAGAUGUGGGAUUCUUGUGUCUUUGUAUGAAGCUAUGUGCGCGGGCCCCAGAAGGUGAAAACCCGUGGACCUCGGAUUACUAUGCAGCUCGGCAGAGCUUUGCAGACCUCCACGCGGCUGGGGUGCUGUCCUUCGAGACUCUACAAGGGUCUAUUCUACUGGCUGUUUAUGAGCUAGGGCAUGCCAUGUAUCCUGCGGCGCAUAUCUCAAUUGGCGCAUGUCUGAGCUAUGCUCUUGCGCUUGAUAUUGACCGGCCGGACUUGAACAAUUCAAAUUCCGGCUCGCAGACGUGGGCUGAAUCUGAAGAGCAGAGGAGGACAUGGUGGGCUAUAUUUGUCCUUGAGCGAGUCGCCGCUAUUGGAAACCCAACUCGAACAAUGUUGGUUCCUGAACCUGAAAUAUUCGCGCGAAUCCCUUGUCUGGAGUCUGAAUGGGAACAAAAAGAGUGCAAAAGCGCCUCAGCAACUCUCGCAUCUCCCCCAGAGUCACAUGGACGCUACGCAAGCGUUGUGCAAGCUUCUUAUCUCCUCAACCGUGUUUUCCAGCAUGUAUCAGACAAAUCUGCACCUUUUGAUAUUCAGCAAGAGGGACUAACUCAGCUGGAUCGAACUCUUCAUGCCCUCAUUACCUACUCGGAGUCGAACACGGGGACCACAUAUUCCAUAAUAUGUUACCAAAACGCCAUAUCAUUCUGUGGUUUGAUGAUUUUGUAUUCGCCCUAUCUUUCAAGCGAAGAUGCUACAGUACGCCAAAAUGCGUGGGCUUCAUCUGACAAUGCUGCGCAAGUUGCACUGAAAGUAGCACAUCAGUAUAAUGAAGGCACCAUUACUGAUUUCACUUAUGGUGGCAUUCCCCCGUUUAUGCUACCAUGGAUGUACUUGGCAGGGGCUCAUUUUAUUAGACGGGGGGAUUUCACAAGCUUAAGCAUAAUAGAAGCUGCACUGCGAAGCCUCAGUGACGAUUGGAAGUCCGCCGGUAUGUUUGAAUCUAGUUGCUAUGUCAAGAUACUGGAUGGUGUUUAA